AUGGAACUGAAAAGUAACUUCAGUUUGAAUCAAGCAAGGCCGCAAUGGCUGUGUUGCUUUCGAACAAGGUUUGGUCUUAUUCAUUGCCCUCACAGAAGUGGUGGUUGUUGGCUCCCCGACAACGGAUUUCUUGGAAUCCGUGGAUUUCUGUUGAGAGACUGUGUAUGCUAUUUCACAAAUGCUGACCAAAAAGAUCUGGAAAAUUCAGAAUCUGGUCCCGCCAUGGAUAAGGAAUGCCUAAAGUGUGGAAAAAGGAACCACUUCAUAGCGAAAUGCAAAUCCAAAGGAGUGAGAGAAGCUGGUUUAGAUGACGGGGAAUCCAAUGAAAUGUACCAAACAGAUGUAGCAGCCGUGAACAACUGGCCACCCUGA